ACCGCGUCCAGUAGGAAAACGUCAAAUUCUAACCGCAUAUAUUUUUGCGUAGUGCGAUAUCGCAAUGCCCAGCUUAUCGUAAGCUAUAAGAAUGCCCCUGUUCGAUUCAGUUCGCUUAAAAUGAUUUUAGUUUCCUUAAGGCGCAAACGUAUUUUAGUGUUUUGGUUUGAGUGGCGCUGAUUCUAUUAUUUGGUGAUGGCCAACGUAACGUUAAAAGGGAAAAAAGGGACAGUCAUACAUCGUACAACAAGUGAGACCUUAAGGUUGGGCGAAGAAGUGCCUAGCAACCAAGCGAGAUGUUCGCAAACGGCUAGAAAAAAAUCACAAGCGACGUCUCCGAGUUGUUCCUUUCAAAUAACUGGAGUGUUGACCAGAUACGAUUUGGAAGAUGAAUCUGCCGACGAUUUAGACGAAUCUCAUACCGACGAAAUAUCCCGAGUAACAGAUAAUGAAACCCCGAGUUUUUCUGAAGAUUCCAGAGACGAUCAGCAGCCGGUCAAUCAAAAUUUUAAUCAAACCAACGGUGCCGGUCCAGGUCCUCAAGAGCAACCCAAAAUCGUAACGGCCAAAACCGAUAAUAAAUCGGAAAAAUCAAACAUUAACGAUAUCGGCAGAUUCAGGGUGGUAAAAGUGGGAAGCGUGGUCCCAUUUAGUAGAGGAAGAUGGACCUGUUACGAUUACGUAGACGAAGGAUCCGAAAUUAAACACGCGGUCGAAAACGUGGAUAAUUCAUCCACGUUCAGGUCCCCUUAUUUGGAUAACAGUUGCCAACAAUCGUUUUUAUAUACAGGGUCCAUUUUAAUGUCCGAUCCCAUGCCAAUAUUCGUCCCAAUCUCACUGCAUUCACAAAGUGCUCAGAGACAAAUUUUUCCAAAAGGUUCGACUUUUACAUUGCCAAAAUCUUCCAGAGUUAGCUUUACCAGCACCAACAGCGUCGACACCGUUAUCAGCAAUACCGCUUUCGAUGGCAACCAAAACGAACAAGUUUUUGCCCACAUCAGCACCAGUUUUCCAGCUGCCGUGGAUUUGAUGCCGACGAACGCUAAUGGCGAACCCACAAUGAAUGCCAACGAUAAUAUUACGGCUUCGGUUUCUUGUACCGCCACGAUAGAUACAAAAAUUGAACACGCAUUGGAUGUGGUAAAAAAUCACUUGACCCACACAGUCCGUCUAGAAGUAGAAGAGCUCAAAAUAAAAAUCAAUGAACUCGUGGAACGCAUAUCUUACUUGGAAUACGAAAACGACCUCCUAAGGGCCAACGUAACCCCCGAAGUAUUGGCAACAUUGGGCAAUAACACCGAGAGACAAGCUUAAAAUCACUAUUCUCCUGAUAUUCGAACAAUAUUUUUACUUAGUUUUUUUGUACUUCUACUUAGUUAAGACUGGUUGAGGGAUUCCUGUCUAAUAUGCUUGGUGCUAUGGAAUAUAAUGUGAUGCGGCUGUUGUGCAAUUAUUUGAGGGAAGUUCAAAUUUAUACCGGGUAACGGCCUAAGAUAACAAUCUUCCGUUGGAGUCCAGCCUUUAUCGUGACAGUUGAAUUUUCGAGGUAGACUGCAUACAAUUAAUUUUAGCGCUCAAAUUUAACGCUUCAUUUUUUAAUAUUUGAACGGGUUUGCAAAAAAUGUUAAUAAAGGCUGUGCUAACAAUAUUAAGUAUUUGAAUGGCCCGAGUUGUAUGCGUGCCUAUAAAUAUUUUCAAUUCAUCAAUUUAUUUUUCUUGAAACUAUAUAACUGAAAUAUUUACUGGCCCUCAUAAUUAGGGUGGGUUGGCUCUGGGAAUUUGUUGAAGGGUGAUCAGUUUGAUUAGGAUUUUGUUUUGAGGAUCGAAUGAAUGUUGCAGGUCCAAGCGUAUGCAUAUCCUCCUACGUUUUUUGUUCGGGCACCCGAUAUACAUAUUCUCUAGUAUUAGUUCGAUAAUACGGUAUGUCGUACCGUUACUUUAUUGGAAGUUGGUUCAACGAGUGUUUAUUUUUAUCACAAAUCGUAGAAGCGUAUUAUUUUUUGGAUUAAAAGUCGCCACGUAUUCGAAUCUAAGAUAACAAUUAUAUACGUGACGUUUAUUAAACAUUUAACUUCUGAUACAGUCGGCACACGUAUAUACCGUAUCUUCCUAUGAUUGCGUAAUAUUUUUCUUCCUUAUUUAACCGGCCAUUCUGCUUAGUCCUUCGGUAUCUCCCUAACCGCUCCUUCAAUGUAAUCGAAUAAGUUUUAACAUAAAUUAGUUCCAUUUAAAACCUUAGGAUUACUAACAUUUUUGAACGGUAUUAUUAGUUGGUACUUACUUCAGGUGAUUUUAUAUUAUAUUAUUGAAAAACGAGCCUUCGGAAAUAUAAUAAAAUUAU